AUGUCUAUUGCUGGUGGAGAAACUGCACUUUCAGUCUUUCUGGAGUUUUUCGCUAAGCUGGCUUCUUAUGAUCAGAUCCUCAACUUCGUCACUCAAAAGCAGGUCAACCAGGAACUCAAACAGUGGCAAAAGAUAUUGCCAAGUAUUCAAGCAGUGCUCAAUGAUGCAGAGGAGAAGCAAAUGGAAGACCCCAAUGUGAAGAUCUGGUUGACUCAGCUCCAAAACUUGGGUUACGAUGUGGGUGAUGUUUUGAAUGAAUUUGAAAUCGAGGCUUUACAACGAAAGUUGCAUGAAGAUGAAGCCAGCACAAGUAAGGCACAAAAACCCAAUGCUUCUUGGUUUACUAGUUUCAUUAAUUCAAGAGCUUUUACGUUUAAUAAGAGGAUGAUUUCCAAAUUACAAGAGAUCACUGAUGAACUAAAUGGUUUGGCAAGAGAGACACACAGAUUGGGUUUGAGACAGAUUGAUGAAACUGCAAUGUCUAAAAGAGUUAAAGUAAGCCUGCAAUUUAUGUCUUUGGUGGAUGAAUCUCAUGUUUAUGGUAGGGAAAAGGAGAAGGCUGAUAUACUUGAAUUGCUAUUCUGCAAUAAUGGGAACGGCAAUGGAGCUUCUUUGAUCCACAUUUUUGGGGAUGGUGGGAUCGGCAAGACAGCUCUCGUUCAAUUCGUUUAUUGCAAUGAUGAUGUAAAGAAGGCCUUCCAUCACAGGUUCUGGAUACGUGUUUCAAAAGAUUUCGAUGUCACUCUGGUGACGAAGACAAUUUUGCAGUCCAUCUCUGAUGUGCGUUGUAUAGUUCCUUCUUUGGAUAAUCUUCAGGCCUUGUUGAAGGAUAAGUUGUUCGGCAGACGCUUUUUGCUCGUGUUAGACAAUAUUCGGGACGAGAAUUACGAUGAUUUGGCCCUCUUGUUAAAGCCUUUUUCUGUCGGAACAAAAGUUAUUUUGACAACAAGGAAUUGCGGUGUUGUUUCUUCAGUUGUUAGUAGUGCUAAAGCUUACUUGUUGGAGAAGUUAUCACAUAAUGAUUGUCUCUCUGUGUUUACUCAUCAUGCAUUGAAAGCAAGUGAUUUUAGCGGGCAUCAAGAGUUGGAAACAUUUGGGGAAAACAUAGUGAAAAAGUGCAAUGGCUUACCUUUGGCAGCUAAAGUCAUUGGUUGCUUGCUUGGCACUCAUUCGGAGUAUGGUGUAUGGAAAUAUGUAUCAGAGAGUGAGAUAUGGGAUUUACAGCAAGAGCAAUGCGGAGUUAUUCCAGCUUUGUUAUUGAGCUAUCAUCAUCUUCCGUCGAAUUUGAAGCGUUGCUUUGCAUAUUGCUCUUUACUGCCUAAAGAUUACGAGUUUGAGAAGGAAGAGAUCACCUUGUUAUGGAAAGCAGAAGGCUUUCUACAACAAGCGGACUCGAAAGCUCACAUUGAAGAUCUUGGUAGCAGAUACUUUCAAGAUCUAGUGUCAAGAUCGUUUUUCCAGACUUCAGUUCGGGAUAAAUACCAGUAUGUAAUGCAUGAUCUAAUCAAUGAUCUAGCUCAAUUGGUCUCAGGAGAAAUAUGCUUGAAAUUGGAGGAUGAUAAACAACCGAAAAUUCCAAAGGGCACUCGACAUUCAUCUUAUGUUCGUGGCUCAUACGACGGAGUGGAGAAGUUUGCAGUGUUUGAUCACAUGAAACGCUUGCGAGCCUUUCUACCAUUUAUGAUGCCAAAAGAUGGAACUUGUUAUAUAACCAACACCGUGCUCGUUGAUUUGUUGCCGAAGCUUCGAUGCUUAAGGGUGCUUUCUUUAAAAGGUUACGGCAUCACCGUGUUACCGGACAUAUUUGAAAAUUUGGUACAGUUACGCUACCUAAAUUUCUCACACACUUUAAUCAAAAGUUUGCCUGCUUCAAUAUGCACCCUUUACAAUUUAGAAACCUUAAUAUUAAAGGAGAGUUUGUUAGAGUGGUUACCCUCAGACAUAGAACGCCUAGUAAACUUGAAUCAUAUUGAUAUCAGCGGUGUAAAGAUGAAAGCAAUGCCCUAUGGUAUAGGUAAAUUGACCGAUCUUCGAAGGCUGUCGGAUUUUAUUUUGGGAGCAGGUGAUGGAUAUCGAAUACGAGAGUUGAAGAAUUUACAUCUUAAGGGUGAUCUUUCUCUUUCUGGGUUGGAGAAUGUUGUCGAAGCUCGAGAUGCAUUGGAAGCUAAGUUAAUUGACAAGCCAGGCCUUGAUGCAUUAAGGCUAAUGUGGAGCAGUAUUUUUGGCAGUAGCAUAAGAGAUAAAGUAGUUGAAGAAGAGGUGUUGAACAUGCUUGAAACUUACCGGGAUCUUAAAGUGCUCGUCAUACAGAACUAUGGGGGUACGAAGUUUCCGAAUUGGAUUGCAGAUUCUUCGUUCAAAAACUUGUGGUCUUUGGAUCUCAACAACUGCAGAAACUGCAAAUUCUUGCCAUCAAUCGGAAGCCUGCCACUACUGAAGGAUCUUUGUAUAAGGGGAAUGCAUACGGUGACUAAAGUUGGCAUCGAGUUCUAUGGAGAGAACCACUCAAAUGCAUUCGUGUCAUUGGAGACGUUAUGCUUUAAGGAUAUGUCAAAUUGGAAGGAAUGGGACAUCGAUGAGCAUGCUGCGAAAUUUCCCUGCCUACGCGAGUUUUGCAUCGUAAACUGUCCUCAAUUGUCAGGAAGGUUUCCAAGCUCUCUCCAUUCCUUAGAGACACUUGUAAUUCGUCGAUGUACAAAAUUGAUCGUUUCAGUUUCGAACCUCCCUCAGCUGCAUGACUUAGAAAUAGAUGGGUGUGAAGAGUUGGUGCUUCGAGAUGAUGCAAACUUGCCACCAUUGAGAAAAGUCUCUCUUUCAAAUGUUUCAAAAUUGAGAAAAGUCUCUCUUUCAAAUGUUUCAAAGUUUUCUCCCCUAACUGAGAGGCUAGUGUCAGGCCUAACCAACCUGGAUCAUCUGAGGAUUAGUAAUUGUAAUGAGUUGGCGUCCUUGUCAUGGAAGCAGUUCAGUUCGGUCAGGCAUUUGAGGUCUCUCCGUAGCCUGGAAAUGUCGAGUUUUCCACUACUUGAGGUUGAAGUACAGCAGUUGCAACUUGAGAAGGUCUGCACAAUUGAAUCUUUGACAAUAGGAAACUGUGAAAAGCUUCAGAGGCUACCGCAAGACUUGCAUUUCCUCAAAUUUCUAACUGAGAUGCAAAUCAAAGGGUGUCCAUGCAUAGUUUCUUUUUCGAAGAACAACUUGUCCCCAGCUUUAAAGAAGUUAGUGAUUCAAAGUUGCACGAAUUUGCGGUGUUUGGUGGAUCAAGGAGAAAAUUUCAACAUCGAUAACACAUUUCUUCUUGAGCACUUGGAAAUUAUGGAUUGUCCAUCUCUAGUAUCUUUAUCAUUGCCCAUUAGGCUUCAAAUUCUCAUAGUUUCAUAUUGCUCAAAGCUUGCCUCCUUAUCAUCAAGUGGUGAGUUACCUGUGGGGCUUAAACAACUAGUGAUAAAGGACUGCCUUGCAUUGGAAUCCAUUGUGCACACAAUCCAUGAAACAUCUUCUCUUGAACUUCUUGAUAUCUGGCAUUGCAGAAACAUUAAAGCUUUACCUCAAGGAUUAAACAAGCUCGACCAUGUUGAGAAGAUCAAUAUUUUGCAGUGUCAAAGUCUGGUUUCUUUGACAGCAAGUGGCUUGCCGGCCCGAAAACUCAAGUCGCUUUGUAUUAUGGACUGUCAAGGUUUAGGAGACCUUCCCAACAUGCCGAACCUCACUGCUCUGAAGGAACUGUCCCUGUCAUAUUGCUCACCUGACUUGCCAUUUCCAAAAGAGGGUCUUCCUACAACUUUAACAUCACUUUCAGUCACAGGGCCUAAACUUUGUCGCACACUGCUUGAAUGGGGACUGCAUAGACUCACUUCUCUUAAAAAACUCUCAAUUGACGGUGAAGAAUGUCCACAUGUGGUGACAUUUCCACCAGAGGGAUGCGUGCUGCCUCCCACUCUAAAUACCAUCACCAUAAGCGGAUUUGGAAACCUGAAAAGCUUAUCCACAACGGGGUUUCGAAAUGUGGACUCUCUUCGAGAAUUGUGGGUACUCGAUUGCCCUGAACUUGAAUCUCUUCCGGAAAAAGAAGUGCUUGUUUCGGUUUGGAAAUUAUAUAUUUGGAGGUGUCAUGUAACACUACUAGCCCAGUUCAUAAUGAAUGAUGGAGCAGAGUGGUUGAAGAUAUCUCACAUUCCUGAUGUUAUUGUUGAUCGUCAAAGCAUCAUCCCAAAGGCAACUUGGGUUCAGUACUGA